AUGGCUUCUCAAGCGCCUUCAAAGAAAUCCCUAAGAAGGCGACCACCCCCUCCUAUGGAGGACCCGGCACCCCCGCCCGUGGUGGUUUCCAAUCCAAUGGGUACUCCACAAUCGAUGAACCUGCUACAUUUUGAAACUCCGUUAUCCAUGACAUCUCCUCCCCUACCGCCCAGAGACCUUUCACGCCCUAUAAUAUCCACACCUCAAGAGGAGGAUGAAUCCUUUGAGGUCAAUGAGGACUCUGUGCUCUCGUACGAGAGCGUUAGGCCGAUGGGACCGAAACAACUACCUAUGGAUCACAGCUACAUAACGAGCGAGACAUUUCAAGCCAACGAUGGUGAGUCACCUUUGUCGGCAAAUCCUUCAACUUAUACCGAAGGCUUUCUGCCGUCUCCAGAAACCCAAACGAGCCAUUCCACAUUCACAGAUCAGUCCCUGAGUUCCCGAUCCAAGAACUACCCGAGAAGAAAGUUUAUGAACCUUCUGCAUGGAGGCUCGUCGCCGUUCGUCUCUGAUGACUAUGCUGAAAACAUAAAGCAAGAACAGGAGCAGAUGGCAUCGCUACAUAUCCCACCUAGACCUAAGGGAUCGGUUGCUGGUCCCAAUCCCAUGCCUUCUCCUCCAUAUCCCCUAGACAACAGUGAAAUUUUUGAACUGGACGACAACCAAAGUCUUUACUAUCCUUCCCAAGACCAAAACACUAAUACCCCUUUACGAAUUCCCACUUUGGUUGGCAACAAUCUCCUGCCUUCCACACCAACGACAUUGGACUUCUCCCUUCAUUCACCCUCCCUUAAUAACAAUGCUCCACAUAGCUCACCGCCGAUUGAGGGAAAGUCUCCAUUACAUGAAUCUCGUUACGGCCUUUACGAUCUGCCGUCGAGUUCGCCAACAAGAUCUCCAACAACACCUUCUAGACCCAGAUCGAGCUAUUUCUACGACAACAGCCGAUCGCCAUCGCCCACAAAGAGCAAUGAAAGACCGCAAUGGCUGGUACAUGAUUCAUCCUACAAUCAGGAUCUAAGCUAUGACGAGGCCAACGACUCUCCAGAGGAAAGAAUCCCCCGUUGGAGUUUGCUUGAAGCAGAACAAUCUGACUAUUAUGAUGAAACCGAGCAAUAUACCCCUGCUCCAGCGAAAUUCGACUAUUCAAUUCUUCCUGAACUUCCAAAUGCGAACGACACCCAUUUAUACCAAGGUGACGUAGUCACAAGUGUUCCACCGCCUGAGGAAGCAGGAGAACUACAGCGCAGUUCGGUGACCAUUUCCAGGAAGCAUGACUCACUUCCACCAGUACCAUUGGAUCUACCUCGCCUACCAUUUUCUUCCUCGUCAUUGAAUGCUCAGCACUUUGCAGUGUGUGAACAGGUUUGGUCGUUGAGUAGCAUUCUUGCCUGGUGCCUCAAGCUUAAGUGUUGGCUUCAUGACUCUCCUAUUUCAAAUGAUGAAUUGAAGAAAGCCCUCGUCAAACUCGUGGUCUUCCAUAAAAGAAGUCUUCCGGUUGACAUCAUCAACAGAAAUGUGAUUCGCAUGCUUGAAUCUCUUAUUGACGAUGGUGCUAUUAGCUUGAUCUCUGCAGUUGACUCAAAACCAGGUGAUCCUUCCAAUAUUAAAAUUGAAGAAAAUGCCGAGGUCAACUCAAUCUUCCCGGAAUUGACAGACUGCUAUGGCUUCUAUAAGGAUCACCAGACGGAGGACAAGAGUGACAAACUUCUAUCAUGCUAUUCUUCGAAGUGUGACAUCAAUAGAUGGAUCGAACAGAAACAUAAAUUGGAGACCACAAAGAUUGAGGACAUUGAAUUAGGAGCUGAUUGGGCAAGCCAUUGGCAGCUUGCAGCUGAGGAUAUGGACCUCGAACCAUCUGCUACGAAGCGUCAAUCAUUUUUGUUUGACUUGAUUAAGUUUGAACAAAAAUUCAUCCAAAGAGCAGAAUGUUUCGUUAACAUCGUGGGCCCGGACUUCAUCAAGACUGCCACUGCCGCCGCGGGGGCAUCAAUUGUUACUUCCUUGAAAAAAUUUAGAGAAGAUAUCAUGAAUCCGGCGAAAGAUCUUCUCGAGGUUCACAAGUGCGUUCUCAUGGAACCGCUUCUCAAAUUACUUCUCGCCGAGGGGAGGAUCAUAAGAGAUGUCUCUAGUAUAGCAAAGUUUUACAGCACUUGGUCCAAAUCGUCUACGGAUGGCCUUUUACAGUACAUGGGUGUGGUCCCUAUGAUAGAGGACAUUCUCAAAAAUGACAUUCUCAAAACAUGGGACGAGAGCCUCCGAUUGAAUCCAACUGUUCAGGAACUCAAAGUCAAUGGCAACAUGCUUUUAUUGAGCACAUUUAAUUCAAGAUACCAACAGCUUCCUUUGCAGCUUUCGGAUAUCCGCAAAACAUACAAGGAACAUGAGAAAGAGUACAAGGCGCUUACGAAAGCUAUUGACGAUAUCAAGAAGCUAGGAACUAAAGUCAAUGCCAUGAAAGUACAUGCCGAUAACAUACAUGCACUCAGACGGAUUGAGAAGCAACUCACAUGGAAAUCUAAUGUGAUACAGCCCAAUUUGCAUCUUCUGUCCAAACUGAGAAAGUUUUUCUUUCGUGGCAACCUUAAUCGGAAAGGUGACUUAAAGAUUAAUACACAUGCGGUGCAUGUUAUAGUUCUUGAUAACUAUAUUCUUAUCACGGAGAAGUCGAAGGGACCACGUUCCGCAAGUUACAAAGUCGUUGAAAAUCCAAUUCCUCUUGACUUCGUCAUUCUCGAAAAUCGUGAGCGUGAAACCGGAGCGCUAGCCACUAUUACCACUCCAAUAAGCGGAAGCACGAAUAACAACAACAAAGAGCCCGAGAGUAUAGACUCUGACGAGUCGUCCUACCCAUUCAAGAUUCGCUACGCUGGUCGUGGCAAGAGUCAGGCCUAUACAUUUUUUGCUACAAGUGAAAGCGAAAGAAAGAAGUGGUUUACAGGAAUUCUUCAAGCCCGCUCCAAUCUUUUAAAGAAAGUGAAACCAUUAUCUCCAUACGAUUUGCAGGGAAUGGAAUGUGCCUUUUUUGCAUACGAUCAUAACGACCGCAUGUUGAAAUUGCCGAUUUGUCCUUCAAAUGAUCCUUUACAGAUACUUUCAAAAGAGACUGGUUUGCUUCUUAAACAAAGGGGUGUCAGAAACGAACUAUGGACAGCAACUGCCGCUCAUGACAAUCUCGUAUCUGGCAGGGUAAAGUGCUCGGAGCUGUUUACGUAUAAGGGAGUCUGUCUUCAUUUGGUUGGCUUGACGACUGGUCUUUAUUGCUCAGAUCUCAAGAAUCGUUGGAAGCGUAUGCUCAAUGUCAAUAAUGUGACUAAGAUAUCUGCUCUUCCAGCCUUCAAUGUCAUUAUCGUCUUGGCAAACAAACAGUUGAAAUACUACCUGCUUCCCAAGUUUGUUGAUGUCUACUUGGAAAGGAAGGAGACUCUCUCAUCUACGAUGUUAUCCAAUGACCAAAUCCAAUUUUACGAAAUUGGGCGCCACCGAGGUGUUGUAACGUUGUUCAUUGCGAAGAAGAAGAACGCCGGAGUCACUAAUUUUAACGUCUUUACGUUGGAGACUGACAAUAACGGAGUCUUUAAUUCAUUCUUCUUGAUAAAGCGAUUCUACAUCCAAGCCGAGUGUUACGGGCUCGACAUUUUCAACACGACGAUUGCAGUGCACACUCAAAGGGGAUUUGAAGUCUUGGAUUUACAGCGGCUACAGCCACGGACUGUGCCAGAGCUUCCACUGUCAGAGGGCUCGAACAAGAAGAUUGACGUCUACAGUCGGAAAGGCCCGCAAGGAAGCGAUGCAAUUAAAAAGGCACUUUCUCAUAGUGGAAUUAAGCCAAUGGGCAUGUUCAAGCUCAAUAACAAUAAGGAGUUUCUUUUGGUCUACAGUGAGUGUGCCAUUUUCGUGAAUAAGCUGGGGAAGCUUUCGCGUAACACAAUGGUCCGAUUCGAUUUCAAGCCGCGAGCUACAGGAUUCCAAGACAACCAACUAUUCAUUGUAAAUGAGGAGGUGAUUGAAAUUUGGGCGAUUAGUGAUCAAGCCAAGGGCACCAACAUGCUUCACCAAGUGAUUCCGGGCAAGGAUAUCUCCGUGAUAAACCCGGAAAGUAUCUACGACGUGAACGGAAAGACUGCUGUUGUUACUGGUGGUACCAGAGGCUUGGGUCUCUACGCAGCCGAGGGUUUUGUGCUCAAUGGCAUCAAAACUGUCGUCAUUACCUCCAGAAAGGAGAAGGCUUGUCAAGAGUCGAAGGCAUACUUGGAGAAGCUUGCUAAAGACAACGGCAAGUCUGUGGAAGUGAUUGCCAUCGCUGCUGACUUGGCCAAUGAGCAGGACUGUCAAAGAUUCUUUGACGAGACUAGCAAGAAGGUCUCCCAAGUUGACAUUCUUGUCGCUAACGCUGGUGCCACCUGGGGUGCUCCAUUGGAAGACCACCCAGUGUCGGCUAUCAAGAAGGUGUUGGACUUGAAUGUGGUUGCUGUCUUCCAGACCAUCCAAUUGUUCACCCCAUUGCUCGAGAAAGGUGCCUCCGCCAAGGACCCAUCCAGAGUCCUUAUCAUGUCUUCUGUUGCUUCAUUGCUGGCUUCUGACCCAGUUGGUAUUUACGGAUACUUGGCUUCCAAGUCGGGUGUCUCGCACAUGGGAAAGAACUUGGCUCUUCACUUGGGCCCAAGAAACAUCACGGUCAACUCCCUCGCUCCUGGAUUCUUCCCCACAAAGAUGUCCCAGGGCGUCUUGGACAUGGCUGGUGACAUGAUGAUUGACCAGAACCCAAGACAGCGUCUUGGUGAGAAGGAAGACUUGAUCAACGCUGUUAUGUUCUUGUGUGCCAAACAGUCGAACUACAUCAACGGUAUCGUGUUGCCUAUCGACGGUGGUAGCCACAUUGGCAAUGCCAAGUUGUAA